AAUGGAUCUCACAUGUUCGUUUGACGAGGUUAUAACAACGAACAGAUUCAUAGAAAACGUACAAAAUAACGCUUAAAAACGGGAGCAACCAAUAGAUAACGAGCAAGGGAAGAAUAUAUAGAAGGCGGCGUCUCGUCACAAAAACUAUACCUUUAGUACAAGAUGAAGAGAGCAGAGCUUGUGUUCAUUCCUACCCCUGGAAUGGGUCACCUCGCAUCCACCCUUGCGUUCGCAAAGCAUUUGCUUGAUAGAGAUGACCGUUUCUCCAUCACGGUUCUCGUCAUGAACCCAGCAUUUGCCCCCACCAACCAUAGCAUCGUACAGUUGAUCGCUGCCUCCGACACCCGUGUAAGAUUUAUUCAUCUUCCUCAAGUAGAUCCUCCCCCGAAAGAGCUUUUCUUUAGGUCUGUUGAGAAAUUCAUCACCGAGUACGUAGAGAACUACAAAAGUCAUGUCAAAGAAGCUAUCAUCAACCAUGUGUUAUCCGCUUCGCUUCCACUUGCCGGUUUGGUGGUCGAUUUGUUCUGCUCCUCCAUGAUUAAUGUGGCUCACGAGCUUGGUGUCCCGUCUUAUGUCUUCUUUACCACUAAUGCUGCCUUUUCUGGCUUCAUGCUCUACCUUCCAACCCGUCAUGACCAGGUGGGCAUUGAGUUUAGGGAAACCGAUCCCGAGUCAGUCAUUCCAAGUUAUGUCAAUCCAGUUCCUCCUGGUGCUUUGUCUUCAUUUGCGCUCAACAAGGAAGGUGGGUACAUCUGCAAUGUAAACCUUGGUAGAAAGUACAAAGAGGCCGAUGGUAUUAUUAUCAACACGUUUUCUGAGCUGGAAUCUCAUGCGGUAAGCUCUUUUUUUAAUGAUGGAAUACCUCCGGUUUACACAGUGGGACCGAUGAUUGACCUCAAGGGUAAGACGUCUUCAGAGGAUAAUCAGGCCAAGCAUGAGAUAAUGAAGUGGCUUGAUGAUCAACCUCCAUCAUCAGUGGUUUUCUUAUGCUUUGGAAGCCGGGGGAGUUUUGGAGAACCCCAGUUGAAAGAGACUGCACUUGGGCUCGAGAGGAGUGGCCACCGGUUUCUGUGGUCAGUACGUCUGCCAUCUCGUGAUGAUGGGUUAGCCAAACCUACGGAUGCCGAGAAUCUCGAGGAGAUCUUGCCACCCGGAUUCCUGGAAAGAACCAGAGGUAUUGGAAUGAUAUGCGGAUGGGCUCCACAAGUGGAGGUCCUUGCCCACAAAGCGAUCGGAGGGUUUGUGUCCCAUUGCGGGUGGAACUCGAUCUUGGAGAGCCUAUGGCAUGGUGUACCUAUUGCUACUUGGCCACUUUACGCGGAACAGCAAACCAAUGCAUUCCAGAUGGUAAGGGAUCUGGGGUUAGCAGUGGAGUUGAAAAUAAAUUACAGGCUUGGUAGUGGCGUGCUUGUCAUGGCCGAGGAGAUAGAGAACGCAGUGAAAUGCUUGAUGGAAGCUGAUAGCGAGGUGAGGAAGAGGGUCAAAGAGAUGAGUAUAAAAAGCAGACAGGCUGUGAUUGAAGGUGGAUCUUCAUAUGCAUCACUUGGUCGGUUGAUUGAGGCUAUCAUAGCAAAUGUUACAGUACCUGCGAGGAAUGAUGCGAGAUUUGAUGGCCAGCUGCUUUGACUCGAUAGUAUCCGAGCGUAUGGGCAUUGUAUGAAGAGGUGGAGUGUUGUUUCUUCUUCUCCUUUACACAUUAGACAGUUUCUGGGUUGAAAACUUGGAAUGACACUUCCAAUUCUUGCUCGGGUGGGGAGCAUAUUCCAUAUGAUUUUCCAAAGUAGAAGUUUAUGUCGGUCAUGGAUUUUCAGCUUUCAAAGUUUUUUCAAUAUUGGACUUGGGAAGUUCUGUAGAAAUGCUCUAUGGGGUUUUGCCACUAUAUGGUACAUUGUCUUCGUGGAGAAUUUCCUAUUAUUUUGGGAGAGGUGGAUUUUUUAGAUUCUUGUGAUAAUGUCUUGUUUCAAACAGAGUUUGCAGUUUUGGAAUAUUCCAUGAUCAGAGAUUUUGAUAAUUAAAUUAGAGACCUU